AUGAUGACGUGCCGUCUGCUGUGCGUCCUGUUGGUGCUUGCCCUUUGCUGCUGCCUGUCCAUGUGCGUGGUAGACACUGCCCCGACUGAACCUCAAAUUGAGGGAAAAGGCGCCAGCCUGCCAUCCACUACGCCAGAGACUAGUUCUGAGACUCAAGAUGCUGACGAAGCAAGUCAAUUGCGCUCUCCAGAAGAAGACACUAGUCUGGAUCCGGAGAAUCAAGUUGAUGCGAGGGGAAAGGACACCAAUCCGCCGUCCGCUGCAGCAGAGGGAGCACUUCGGAGUAACGGUGAGUCAGGUUCACUGAACCAGGAGUCCGGUGCGGCACAGGGUAACACCGCCCGUUCAUUGCCCCCUGGACCAGCCACUGAGCCUAGCAAGAAAACUGAGACGGAUCCGGGGGAUAAAGAUAAUUCUAAAAAGAUCGUGACGCCUGAGGAUACCUCCGAGACGACGACGACCACUACAACAAAAGCACCAACCACGAUCACAACCACUGCGCCAGAGGCACCAAGUGGUAAGGCCACAACUACAGAGGCGCCUACUACGACGACGACCACCAGCGCACCGUCACGUCUUCGUGAAAUCGAUGGCAGCCUCGGCAGCUCUGCGUGGGUGUGUGCCCCGCUGCUGCUCGCCGUAUCCGCGCUGGCGUACACCACUGUGGGCUGA